UGUUUGGGUUGUACAGUUGCAACUAUUUUAAAAGAAAUUAUUUGCCAAAUUCAGCAUCCAUUUCCUGACACUGCAAGCAAAUAAGUUUGCCAAAAUCCCCAGAAAAAGUAGAUUCAAAGUUCAUUAGCAUUUACCAGGAAGAUGAAGCAAUAGGAUAGAAUUCAUCUGGAGCUAAUCCACACUACUCAGAAACAAGUCAGUUGAGAAUUUCAGAGGAAAUUUAUGCUUAAAAUACUCCCAUUUUCCUGCAAGGUCACACAUACUGGAGGAAGUGACUUCAUACCACAGAAACCUAACAGGCUGACUGUAAAGACAAACACUGACAUUUUGGACACUGUUUUGAAAAUUCUCCCUUUGCAUGCUAAUAACCCUGUAUUAUGUUAAUUGUUACUUAAAAACUACUUAUAGUUGCUUAAUACCUUCUGCAGAAAUCUCUAUAAAUACUUAAAAGGGACUUUUGGCGAUCUCUGGCUGCCCUUUUUUUUUAAUCUGAAAAUAAGAAGCUUUCAGGACAGAUUCAUUGAAAUAUCUUAUUUUAGACAAACGAGCUCUGCCCAAAAUCUAUUUCAAGGCCCCAGCACCUGUCCCACUGGGUCUCUGCUCCCAUUCUGAUGAAUAUUCACAAGUCAGACUUACUUCCAAUAGACAGUAAACACACUAGGGAAACUGGCAGCUUUCAGGUUUUGCUUCUGCUACAUACCACAACAAAAGUCCUCCUCACACUCAGCAGCAAUCUCUACAGCACCCUUUGCUACUAAGCCAGACUUUAUUGUUCUGAGGAAUUUGAAUAGAAUGUGGUCUCAGCUGCCAGCAGCAGUAACCCCCUCUUAAAGUGGGAGUUUGCUGAGUACAGCUGGAGAUCUGAUGGCUUUCAGUAGCAGUCAUUUCUUACAAAACUGCAGUUACCAUGAGAACUCCCUCCGCGUUCAAGCAACAAAGCAACAUAAAGCAGUAGGAAAUGAGCAUUAAAUAAGAGGGAAGUAAAACAGCACUAAGCACUGCCUGUUAGUGCUGCCGUGCACCUUUGUUUUCUGAAAGCACUCCAAAUCAGCAGCUAAAAGAAAACUUAGGAGAGAUGAAGCUUUGAAAGCGCAAAAAAUAGGUUUAACAUUCAUAACACAAUAUACCUAAUGAUACUGGGAUACAGUGAGUCUCAGAAUGGACAAGUUGGGAAAGGGUUCUGGAUUCAGAAGAAAUAUCUUGGUUAGGUCUCGGCAACCAGCAACCGCAUCUCUGGGGCAACCAGCCUUAGCUCCAUCUGUGUCUCUUGGCAGCACCCAGUCCAGAAGAUCUGUUGUUGCACAGCCAGCUACUCAGGCUGGGGCAGAUAAGCAGGCAGCACUGCAGCAGGACCAGGUUCAACAGGAUAAGAUCUGGAGAGAGUCUGUGGAGGCUGAACAGAGAGGAAGAAAGAUUUGGUACCAGAACUGGAGUUUCCUAAAGGACUAUGACCAAAUGGGUAAGAAAAAGGAGCAGAAGCCACUGCCAAACUAUAUGCCUGUGUUCUCAAGCAAAGUCCCUAACUCGACCAACCAGACUAUUGGCAGUCGAAUGAAUACUGAACUUGGCAGGGAUUUGGUACACAUGGAUUACUUCUUCAGCACUGGAGCACGAAAGAGGAAACUUGAUGAAAGACCAAUGCUACUCUUUAGCAUGGAUUUUCUUUCAAGAGCCAAGAUAGAUGUUGGCCAACAAUGCCACAGGAGACUCUCGUUGUAUUUCAGGUGGCUGGGCCACAUAAAGAGGGUUAGAACUACAGCCCUCAUCCAUCUUUCCAUGCAGUCUACAGUAAGGCUGCCACUAACAUCAGAAAGAUCAAGAUUACAGCCAAAAGGCAAUUACUCCCUAAUUUUUUAUCUCCUGAAAAUAAACAAUUAAUGAAGAUCUGCUGAGUCCCAACAUAAACAACAUAUUCCAGUUCUGAAAGUUGGCGCAAUAAAAUCAGCAGCUUGUUGCAUUUAAUGUAAUUGGCCAAGGAUUCAUCAGCUCUGCCAUUUGCACGUUUAAGCUUGCUCUAAAUAAUAAAAUUUAAGGCAC